UGAGCCGCGCUCCACCAGCCACCCAGGUAGGCAGGAAAAGGAAGGAGGUAUCCCUCAAGCGAAAGCGGUGGUAGUUUGGACCAAAGUUCUACUCAACUCAUAAAAAGUCCAGGAAUACCACACUUUCGUGGCUUUUGAAUAGUUCAUCUGUAGUCUAGCCGUCUUUAUUUUUUUAACUUGCAUUUUUGUUCGUUUUCAUGUGUGCGUGAGCUAGACGAACACACCUGUGACUCAGCGCAUCCUGCAGGGAUGUGUUCCAGUCGGGGUCUUUGCAACCGCGGCGAGCAACCCGCCAACCGGUCUUCCCGCUCCGAGAGCACCGGUUCAGGAGCUCACUAUGCUCUGUGCGCCCUGGGAGUGGGCCUGAUUGCGCUGGGGGUGGUCAUGAUCGUGUGGACGGUGAUCCCCAUGGACGACGAGGCGUCGGGUGGCUCUACCAACUCGUCCAGCAACUUCACAGUAGAGACUAAUGAUGAAGACGGCAAAGAAGGGGAGCUCUCCAAGUCGUCCUCGGUCGCCAUGGUGCUGGUGGGCGUCGGCCUGGCCUUGCUGCUCCUGUCCAUUUGCCUCGGCGUUCGGAGCAAGCGUAGAGCGAAUGACAGCGGUGAGCAAGCGGAGGCGCCGGCAGCAUCAGCCUUCAUGGACCAUGUGACCGGCGAAGAAGUUCCAGAUCCAUCCGCAUUCAACGUGCCGACCUACGAGGAGGUAGUCGGCAGCAGCGACUACCCGGUGCGUCAGAGCAACCUCCGCCAGAGCAACACCCACCUGCCGUCCUACGAGGACAUUAUCGCAGCCGUGGAGAACGAGGGCAGGGACGAGACCACCGAGGACUCCCCUCUCAAUGACCCCGUGACACCCCCGCAGCCGGCGGAGGCCGCCGAGCCACAGGCCGACAGGCAGCCCAGCCUCCCGACGCGCAGCACCAGCCGGGCCAGUCGCCUGUUGCGCCCCCUACGGGUGAGGCGGAUCAAGUCGGAUAAACUCCACCUGAAGGACUUCCGAAUCCAAAUCCGCACUCCCACGCACAACCCGGUGACCAUCGAGCCCAUCACGCCGCCACCGCAGUACGAUAAUAAGCCGCCAGAAUUGGGUUGAACGCCGCCAUCCGGAUUGAUGACACUCCUGAGACAAUCAAAAGACCAUCUUCCCCGAUGAGGAACUGUGUUCUGUUACAACCCAUCUCUGGGCCUGUGCAAAUGACACCAAUACUGCUUUAAUUUAAGUCCAAUGUGUAUUAUUUACUUUGAGGGCCUAAGUGUGAAGUUUCAAGGGCAAAGGGGGGUUCAAGUUGACGGGCAUCACUUGAAUGAACUUUUCAGAUUGUGGUCUCAACGAAGAAGAUGGACUGAGAUUGAGGAGUCUUUUGUGAAUGUGCUUUUAAACUCGUCUUAAAGUGGCUCAAGUUGAACAUUUUCAAGUGAAAUAUUGUCUUAAGGGUGUUUCACAACACUGGAACAUCAAAUAGUAGAUGUGGGUGCUGUAAUAAGGUAAGUUUUGCAGUCUAUAUAGCAUUUUUGUAAUAUUAAAGUAAAUCUUUUGGUUUCAUUGUGAUUUUAGUCUAUUUUAAGCAGCUAUUUCAAUACAACGUUAUUGUUGACUCGUCUUUUUUUUUUUACUGCACUGGAAUCGUCGCUUCUGUUAGGUUGACCUAUAUUUAUUCUUUAUUCUCUGGCUUGCUGUCUAAUUAGUUGCAAUCCAGGUUGAAAAAAAAAAGAGGCUGCAAGUGUUUUUAUGUUCAGAAUAUACCACUCUCUUAUUGGUCUCAUAAUAAAAUAUACAGUAUCUGU